AUGACCGAAUCAAACGGCACCGCCGCACCGGCCCUGACCUUCUCCGCGACCUACACCUCCCCCGCCAACGAGCCCUUCACCCACACCGAGCCCAUCCCCGCGCCGCCGACCUCCGGCGUCGACGACAGGACGGCCUACCUCAACUCCCUGCGCAAGGCCAUCGGCACCGCCCAGGAGACCAUCAACAGGGAGCUCACGGCGCGCAUGGAAGAGGACAAGGCCCGUGAGGCGGGCGGCAAGAACGGCGCGUCCGCCGUCGACGAUGCCCUCGAGGAAGAGAAUUACGGCGAGGAGGCACCUCCCAACGACGACUGA